AUGAGCUCCGACGCUGUAAUUGCUGACGUCGAGGCUGCGCUGCACCGUCUCUUGAACCCAUCAACUCCUGCUUCAGACAAACUGCAGAUUGAACAAGAGCUCACGGCGUUCAAGGACACGCCAGCGGCGUGCUUGCCCGUGCUUUUUACACUGCUGCGUACCUCUCAGAAUGAAUACUCGCUCUGGUUUGCGGCCACGACCUUGGAAGAGUAUGUUGCUAAAAAAUGGGUCCAUUUCCCCAUUUCGGAGCAAACAGAGAUUCGUCAAUUCGUGUGGUAUUUCAUCCAAUCAACGUCGUCCAUCGGGGCUGCACCCCAUCAAGUGGCAUUUGUGCACCGCAAACUACGCAAAGUCAUAGCGGAUAUUGCAAAAAUCCAAUGGCGCGACUCUCAAAAUUUAUGGCCCGAGUUUUGGAGCCAAGUUGAAAGUCUCAUUGUAACGGACCCGUCUCAGGAAACUGGACUCGAGCUCCUGCGGGUGAUUGUGGAUGAAUUCAGACGAGAAGACGCGGUUGUACUCGCUACAAUCAAGCAAGAAGCCAAGACCAAGUUGAUAAGUCACUUGCCAGCUAUUACGAACGUGUUGGCUACAGUAUUGAGAAAGUGUAGCCAUGACGUGCAAAUCGGGGACCUGUACCUGAUGAAAAAGCAGGACCGUGUGGCGAAUGUGGCAUUACUUACUUUUACUGCUCUUAGUGCGUGGGCUCCAGUCGCAGAACUCGUGACAGAAGCGUGGAUCGCACUCUUGUUUGAACUUGUGGGGAACUGGGAGAUGGUGCAAGGCCGAGGCUUGGGGUCGCAUGAUUUUGUGUCCAGUGCUACGGCUCUGCAGUGUCUAGCAGAACUCAUGAGCAAGAGAUUUGAGCCGUCGAGAGUGGAUGCCAUUGUCGCACAGGUGAUGCUGAUGUUGUGUCCGUUGUUGCAGAAGAUCGUGAAGGACGAGGUUCUAGUCAGAGCGAAAGAACACUUUCUGGACAAACUGAGUGAGUUCGUCGAAGUGUUUGUGUCGCACCAUCUAAAGAGACUGGAGCACCCGAAGUAUGAGGCUACGUUGCAGACGUUUUUGCAGUGUAUGUAUGCCUUCACGACAAAACAGCCACAUGCCGAAGGGUUUCUGAAUUGUCUGGGUGUGUGGGAUGUGGUGGUGUCGUACAUCGAGGAAGUGGAACAGAAUGUGGGCGCUGCCAACGAGCGAAUGCGAGUCGUACUGGCCGCUUACGAGAAGGGUCUUGUUGCUGUGAUGCUUCAUCUGGUCGAGCGCGUAGCUUACGAGUCGAACCGAAACCAGUUGGACGAACUAGAUGAUGGAGACGAUGCCGGGACACGUGGUGACCAUGAGGGCGCAGAUAAUAGUACAGCUUUUGACUUGGAAAGCUCUGACGGAACUUAUGGUGCAGGUUCGUUGCAGGAUCUGGCCCAAAUUAAAGCGAAUGUUGCAAGUGGAAACACUUCGGGUGGGUCUACUACCAUGGUGGAGCUUUCUGAACGAAAGCAGUUUGUCGUGGACUGCAUUGCACUUGUUCGACGAAUCGCGGCACUUCCGUCGUGUGCGCCUCCACUACUGGAUCUCAUGCUGCCUCGUGUUCAAGGCAUUGCUCAGAAAGUAUUGUUUUGCCUUCAUGAUAUGCCUGUGAUCACGCAGGAUUCUGAACAGUGGGAACAGCAGCGAUGUGCCAUUCGCGACUUAACAGUCAACUGCGCGAUUCUUUCCAGUGUCUGCGCCAUCUACUGCAGUAGUAGCGAUGACAUGAAUCAGCAAAUGACUGGCUGGCAGAUCUUGCACAUGUUUGUCAGAAUGUCUGAAUACAUGGUGCAGCACCGACUGCAUACUCGCGGCGAUGCUUUUGUUGAAUUACAGUGUGAAGCGCUCACGAGCAUCCGAUGCUGCUUGAGCUGCGUCCCGUUCGUGAUCAAGAGCGGUGCUAGACAGGACGUGCUAAAUGCCUCGGAGAGCAUUCUCCAGGUACUUCUCCAGACGUUUGAUACGAGCAUUGUACCAUCUCCACUGGCUGUAAUGCAGAACUCAACGCAGCUUCUAGCAAAUCUCGGUUUCGUGUUAUCCUAUGACGACAUGCUCGAGAUUUCGGCCAUGACCCAACUCGAGACGCACAUUCACCAGUUCAGCUUGCACUUGCCACUGGCGAUUCAGGGCGAUCUCUACACUUCGAUGUCAAAUUCCAUUCUGAACUCGGCGAUAUCUCUACGAGGAAACGGCGAAGCCUCAAAUGGAUUGCAAAAGUGGGAAAGCGGGUAUGGAUCGUUGUUGAUUCCGCUUCGCGAAUCGAUCGAUCAAUCCGCCUUGACUCUGCGCCAGAAUGAGCACCGCGUACUCGAGCAAGUUAUGGUCGCACAGCUGAGGCGUGACUGCUACGUAGUGCGCUGUCUCGCUCGCUCCGUUGAAACAAAGCCGAAAAUUGCAAAAGACGCGUUUUUCUCUGUGUUCCAGCCGUCACUGCCGUCGUUGAUGACUCUACUGACGACUUACUUCACUACUAUUUGCAAAAUGGCGGCUUCAGGGACGCCUCAGUCGAAUAAUCAGGCCAAGAGUGCGCUCAAAGUCGUGAACGAAAUCGUUCGUUUGUACGCUCAACUGCUCAAGUCUGUCCGGAAGGAGAUGCGAAAGGAGACCGUGUCGGAGAUAAUGCGGACGUUUGUGGAGAUUUUCAAUAACCCGCAACUGUCAGGAGUACUUUUUAGUCAAGGAAAUACCGGAUUGAUGGUUCUCUGCGGCUUUUUGCAGCUGUUGAAGAUUGUCGUCGAAGAACCAACUUCUGUCUUUACUUCGUUCACGCAAAACAUCCUCGAUCUUUGUUUCGGGCAGCUGAAAGAGCCGAUCUUUUCUCAUCCAGAAAGUGAUUCUGUCAUCCUGGGCUACUACGUGGCUCUAGUUGAGCAGUUGCUGGAAAAGCACUUUCGCUUUUUCAUCGUCUUCUCUGGCCAAUUUACUCAAGAUGGUGCUCGUGAACGGGGGUACGCGUCCGACCAAGCGCGCACGUACUUCUUGUCCAUUUUCCAAAGUCUCGCUAGCGUGUUGAGCCGUGAAAGCUCCAAUUUGGCUCCGCGGAUUUGUAAUCAGGUACUUGGCCUGCUGGACCGGGUGGACAAAGCUCAAGGGCUAUUCGCUUUUACAGGCUUCCAAAGUGAGCUACGCAUGGGGUUCCUCUCGACACUCAUGAACAUUUUAACGCGUGGCGAGAUGAAUCUUCUUCAGGACGAAGUGAUUCAGCUUCUGCAUCGUGUUGCGGCUGUGGACUUUGCGUCGUUCUACCAGGUGUUUCUCCACCGCUACAUCAAGGACAUUCUCACGCCAUCGCAGCUCGAGGCAGCGUCCAAGAUGGAAGGUGAGUGUUUGCAGUGGAGCGGUCAAGUUGACCUUCCCACGUUUUCGCAAGAGGUGGUGGCAUUUCUGAAUGAUCUGAAGGUGAUCAAGGCACAGAACUAA